AUGACAAUCUCGCUGGUGGGUAAGCUCGUCAUGAUCGUCCUCUGCUUGGGAGUGAUCGGCGGCAUGACGGCCCUCAUAGUGAUCUACAUCCAGGACAUCAAUGACAACGUUACCACUACCACCAGCACCAGCACCACCACCGCCGCCCCUACCACGGACCCCUCUGUGAAUGAUCAGUUCCACGUUGGGGUCGGAAUAGCGGAUAUGACUGGACCGUGUGUGGAGAUAACCUUUAUGGGUUACGCCGAGGUAGGUCAGACGGGGCGCGGGCUGCACACGCGCCAGUACUCCCGAGCGUUCAUCUUCGUCAGAGGAGACACGCGGCUGGUGCUGGUUACUGCUGAUGUGCAAUCAGUGGGCAUCGCAGUGCGGCGGCAGGUGGUCGAAAAUCUCCAGCGGCUGUACGGAGACACGUACAGCCUACGCAACGUGAUCCUGACCGGCACACACACGCACAGCGGGCCCGGGGGACAUCUGGUUCACUUUCUCCUGGACGUCUCCAUACUCGGCUUUUCCAGGGAAACUUACAACGCAUACGUUGAUGGAAUAACUCGGAGUAUAGUGAGAGCGCACGACAACGUCGUACCAGCGCGCCUUUACUUUACUCGCACGCAAGUUCCGGACGCCCAGUACAACCGUUCUCCGUUCUCAUAUAACCAGAAUCCUGCUGAGGAACGAGAAAGGUACGCAAGAAAUGUAGACGAUGAAUUAACACAAGUCCGUAUAGAAAAGACUGAUGGAAGUCUACACGGAGUGAUGACCUGGUUCGGAGUACAUACCACGAGCAUGAACAUGACUAACCGACUUGUAUCGUCGGAUAAUCUUGGAUACGCUGCUUAUCGUAUGGAGAAACACCUCAAUCCUGGAAGAAUAGCUGGAAACCCUACCGUUGUGGCUGGUUUCUUUAUUUCAAUCCUGGGUGAUAUAUCACCCAACCUGCGAGGUGCAAGGUGCGAGUUCUCUGGCAACGAGUGUGACAACCAGUUCCUGUUGUGUGCUGCCUUAGAACGGUGCUUCGCUAAAGGUCCUGGGAAUGAUAUGUUUGAGAGCACCAGGAUUAUUGGAGAGAGAGUGUAUUUAGGAGCUUUGGAUGCUCUUCAUAAACCAGGAGUUGAGUUGGACGGAGAACUUGCAGUCAUACAUCAGUUUGUAGAUAUGCCGCAAGAAGCUGUGCCAAGAUACGAUCCUUUGCUUCAAAACUUCAAUGCGAGUGACACGGUGCAAGGAUGUGUACCAGCUAUGGGCUAUAGUUUUGCAUCGGGUACUAUCGACGGAGCUAAUGUUUUGAACAUUACUCAGGGUACAAUCCAAGGUAAUCCACUGUUAGACGCUAUUGCUGGCGUCGUAGCUGAACCUACGCCUGAGGACAUAGAGUGUCACGCUCCGAAACCCAUAUUACUUGCUACAGGCAGAGCAAAUUUUCCUCUGCCAUGGCAUCCUCAAAUAGCCUCGAUAAGUCUCAUCUGGUUGGGAGGUUUCGCGAUAUUAGGAGUGCCAGGAGAGCCCACCACGAUGGCGGGGAGACGGAUGAAGGACGUGGUGGGGAAAGUGAUGGAGCAACGAGGACUGGAGCCGCGGGUCGCGGUGUCAUCUCUCACCAACGAGUAUAUACAUUAUGUCUGCACUUUUGAAGAGUACCAGGUACAACGCUAUGAAGCAGCAUCAACGAUUUACGGUCCUCAUACUUUGGACAUAUUCCUGAGUAAAUUCCAAGAGUUCACAGUCGCUGCCAUAGACGGUACCAAUGUUCCAGCAGGUCCUGAACCGAACGACUAUGUGAACAGCACCAUCACCCUGAUCGUGCCGGUGAUGCUGGAUACGUCAGCUAUAGGUUCAAGCUUCGGGGAUGUGAUUGAAGAACCUCCAGAAAUCGUUAACAGAGGUGACACCGUUAGAGCAGUCUUUGUUGGCGCCAACCCCAGGAACGAUUUGCGCCAGGAGUCCAGUUAUCUGUUGGUGGAGAGACUGGAGCUCGGCCACUGGAUCACUGUCGCUACUGACGCGGACUGGGAGACGAGGUUUCUCUGGGAGCGAGAGCCGGAGUCGAAUACCGCGAGUAGAGUGACCAUAGAGUGGAACGUGCCGAGCGACGCCAUCUCCGCGCAGCACCGCGUGGUGUAUCGCGGCGCUUCGAGGCUUGUGGGCGGACGAUUGGUCCAGUUCGAGGGGGUUUCUAGACACUUUAGGAUACGAUAAUUUGUAGACUAUACUAGCAGAUGCCACUUGCUCCGCGUGCUCUGUUUUCGAACUUUAAGUAUCUGUAAUCAUAAGAUGUGCACCAUCCCGAGACAAGAGAAAGAUAAAUCUACGAACAGCGGCACAGUAAUAAGCCUACCAACAGCGGCACAGUAGGUACGAAAAAUCGCUCUUUCAUUGCGUUGAGGCGAAACUUUUGUUGUGUUCGAGAUUUGAUUUUACUCGUUACUGAAUAUGUUGUUGAUGCAUGCUACGAGUGGGCCUACAUGCUGGAGGACAUUCGUCGUGGCGAAUUUCUGGGCCCUGCCAAUGUCGGAGUGUCAAGUGACUAAAACAUAUGUAUAGAAAUUACACAGAAAUUUGCCACUGCGAAUUAUUUUCGUGGCCCAGGUAGGUACUUAAAAGGGGGAACAAUUCCAUCAUUUAUUCUUUUUGCCCUUAACACACCGUAACAGAAGUUAUUUUUCCCAUUUUUGAGACAUUUUUCAUUGACACCCUGCAAAGAUUAGUCGCAGAGUUUUGGUAUUCUUAUUUGUAUGGUGAUUAAGUUAUUUAUAAAAA